UGACUCUAGCAAUUCAUUAUUAUCACCAAGGCUUUCUCACUUCUUAUCCGUCCAGUAUCAUCACCUCAUCGGUUCCUCCUGUCUACCUUAUUUUUUAUUGCUCUGUAGAUCCAUCUGCUUCCUGAUACCGUGCGUUCUUCCACAUUGGAACGUCCUCCGCGUCACCCGUCACAUCGCACGACAUCAUAUUGCAUAUGCUGUGAAUGAAAUUUACCUGCGUUCAAAACUCAGCGAUCCAGCAUGUUUCACAAAAGAAAUAGUUUGGGUGGCAGAAAAGUGUCUCCGCCUCAACCAACAUGUAUGACUGCCGAACAAAAAUCAACCUAUCUCGACAGCCUGCGGAGUUAUCGUCCUGCAAGACCUACCGGUUCACGUCCUCCUCCAUUCAGUCCUAGAACUCAAACCAUCACCUCCGAGAUUUCUCUGACACGCUCCGAUUCUGCACCUACUGCCGGCCUUCCCAAGCAUGAUCCUCAAGAUGUGCAGCCACAAAUGAUACAGAAAUCAACUUCAUUCCCGUCCGCUGCUUCUCUUGUCAAAGGUCGCCCUCUAGCACAGCCGCCAGGAAGCGAACGGCCAACCUUACGAGGAAGAAAGGUGUCACCUACUGCCACAGUUCAAAUUCCGCGUCCAGCAGAAGAUGACGUCUAUGUUGAGUCAGUCAGCAGAAGAAUGGAAAAAGAGGAAGCUCAGAUACUCCGAGAGGCUUUGGAAUACAUUGACCAGAAGGACGAGGAGACAAAAAUCUACUCGGCAGCACAAGAGGAAGCCGCGGACUUGGUCUGGAAGCAUCGACAUCCCAAAGCUGCAGAGCAGGAGGAAACGGCGGCUUAUCGAAAUCCAGAUCUGAGAUUGAACGAUAAGAGACGAACUAGCGGUCAACGCAAAGCUAGUGGUACACGCAAAGUUUCAUUUCCCACCCCAGAGUCGCAAAUCUAUGAAGAGCCAGGACAAAAGGAAGACUUGCCAGAAAGACCUAUCAAGGCACCAAGCGUUGGGUUACCUCUGAGGGUCAAGUCUACCAACACGCUUCCGUGGCUAAGGAAAAAGGCCGUCGACAAGCCAGAUUUACCGGCAAUGGCAGACAACAAAGUACUCAACCGUGUUGAGAUCCACAGGAACCCUCCCACUCGGUCAAGAAAUGCAGAAUACACGGCCAACACGCCUCCUCGACCUACAACGAUUGAGACAAUCGAGGAAAUCGAGACACCUAAGUCGUCAAAUAGCACUGUGGAGAUCAGAAGCGAGGACAUCCGUGCAGCCACGACCAUGAAGAGAAAAGAUCGCAGCCCCAACCUCCCCACGCCGACUGCUGUGAGUGAUCAAUGUGGCCGGCCUAUCGUCAGCUUCGAUCCCUUAUGGAAGCCUCCCAGUGAUUCUCCAAGGACUAGCCAAGACAUCGACAGGCCGGUCAUCAAGCUUACAGAGUCUCCAACAGUGGAGAAGUCCAGUGAGAGACCUUUACCAAGACCGGCACAGACAAUGCCAGAGGUCACUGUAUCUGCUCCAGUGGUUCCUACCAUAAGUUUCCCAGACGAGGAGCCGUCCUCAGCGUCGAUCACUGCCCUACCGACCAUCAAUCUCCCAGAGGGAGUUUCGCCGACACCAACAAUAGACGUGAAGGGGGAGAGCGACACUUCAGUCCCGGCCAUCAACUUACCUGUUGAGGCGAAACAGCCCCCUCGUCCUUUGCCACGACAUGCAGCUACAACACCUUCUGCCUCCACGUCUUCCAUGAACAAAGCUCCAUCGUCUCGACUACCAUGGCUCCACCGCCACUCGAUGCCAGCAGUAUCCUGUUCAAGCUGUGCGCUCCCCAUAUCUGGCCGAAUUGUCACCGCCUCCGGUUCCAGCACGACUAGCCUUAAAGCUCGCUUUCACCCGGAAUGCUUUACAUGUUACCACUGCGCCACGCCACUUGAAUGUAUCUCUUUCUACCCUGAGCCCGACGAGAAACGCCUGACGCGCCUGGAGAGCAUGGGCUUCGAUUCUGCGUCUCCCGAAGCGGCCAACGAUCCGCUCCGCUUCUACUGCCACCUUGAUUUUCAUGAGUUCUUUUCGCCUCGCUGCCGUUCCUGCAAAACACCUAUCGAGGGCGAGGUCAUUGUUGCAGCUGGAGCGGAAUGGCAUGUCGGCCAUUUCUUCUGUGCCGAGUGUGGUGACCCAUUCGACAGCACUACUCCUUUCGUUGAGCGCGACAACUACGCAUACUGUGUCUCGUGCCACACAAAACGAACGUCCGCGCGGUGUCGAGCGUGUAAGCUGCAGAUCUUGGACGAGUUGACAGUCGAAGCUCUUGGUGGUAAGUAUCACGAGAAAUGUUUCGUCUGCUUUGAGUGUGGAGGCGGCUUUGGCGACGAGGGACGCUUUUUCGUGCGUGACGUCGAUGUCGAGCCGACCGACAAGGAAAGGAGGAAGGGCAUCACACGCAAGGUCGAAGAGAAGGCGGUUUGUGGGCCGUGCGAGGAGAGGAGGUUGAAGGCCUGAUUAUCGGGGUAAUCGUUGAAAGACUACACAAGGGCGUUCCAGUUCUAGGGCAGUCUUUGCGACUUUCCAGCUGGUGUUAAAUGUCUGAUGACCCUUUGGAAGAGUACCUUGGAGUUUCAGGCGUUGGUGUUAGAUUGGAGAAUCGUUGGUCAUCAUCAACGGCAUAGUGUGAAACAGGUGGAAAGGAAAUGAUUGAUAUACGAAUCCUAACAAUGAUGACUGAUAUUACUGGAUGUCCUGCUGACACCUGUGCAUAGAUAACAUAGGACCGGCCACCUAAGUUAGUUGCAUAGAUGAUUUUGACCUGGC